UGAAUGUUAUUCUAUUUCUCUAGGAAUCUGGAGAAGGUGUAGGUGGUUAUGCGAAGGUGAUGUCAAAGGAGUUCAUUGAAGCUGAAAUGGCCUUAUUUGCAGCCCAAUGCAAAGAGAUAGAUGUGCUAAUCACUACAGCUUUAAUUCCUGGAAAACCUGCUCCCAAACUCAUAUCAAGAGCUAUGGUUGAGUCGAUGAAACCUGGAUCCAUUGUUGUUGAUUUAGCCUCAGAGGCAGGUGGAAAUGUAGAAACUACUAAACCUGGAGAAAUAUAUGUCCACAAUGGAGUCAUACACAUAGGGUACACAGAUUUGCCCAGUAGAUUGCCAACACAAGCUUCUACAUUAUAUGCUAACAACAUAUCUAAGUUCCUUUUAUCCAUAGGUGUGUUUCACUUGGCAUUCUCAAAAUAUAGAUUGUUUUGACACUUUUAUGUGUAU